AUGACUGGCGAUCAGCGAGCAGUGCAGAGCGCCGCUGCUAUUGAGCGUGGUUACGUAAAGCUGUUGGACUGUUCACUGUUAUUGGAAAAGGAAAUAGAGAAGUAUUACCUGCGCGAGGAGGCGGCUAUUCGUGAACGUGUCUUGCUACUCGAUCAGAUUCAGAGUACGAUUGCGGACGAGCGGCGGUGUCUUGAGAUCGACCAUCAGGAGUGCCGCUCACAGAUCAGCGCGGCUCGAAAGAGCCACCUGACGCUUCAGUGUGACCAGACGAAAUUCUCGCAGUUGGUGAGCCGCACGGGGUCUGUGCUGGAAAAGGAGGAGCGGCAAUUGGAGGAGCGACUCUCGUGGGUGAAUGAGCGUCUCUGUGAGGAGACGCGGGAGCUGGAGCUUCUUGCGGAGCGACAAAGCCGGUUUGAGAGGGAUGAGCGGGCAAUGGAGCGUCGCGAACUUCAGCAGUUCAACGCGGAGCAGAGCCUGGAAAAGGCGAUGCGAGAGCUCAAAACGCUCGAGAGCGAGAUUGAGGAACGGAAGCGGGCACUAGAAAAGAAGCAUGAAACCAUCUCGGAGUGGAAUCGCUCACUAGAGAGCCGUGAGAAGGAACUGGCACGCUGCCAGGAGGAUUUUAGAGAAGAUUUGAAGCGACUUGAGGAGGAUGAAAAAUAUUUUGGCGUUUAUAACAGUUCCAGUAAUGUGGUCUCUGUGGUUUCCCAGCGGGAGGUCAUGGAUGACCAUAACAUGACAAUUGAGAAGGAGACUCAGUGUGAGGAGAUUGAUGUGGAAGACGAGGAGGAUCACACAGAAUGA